CUUCUCUGUCAGCUCGGCUCAGUGGUUCAAGGCUUGUACGGAGGGACGAGGGCUGCUCCCUUUCGCCUCUGCUCACUGAACGUCACCGCAUACGUCAUCAACACAAGCCUCGAUACGCGCUUCACAAAAAAAAAAAAAUCUUCCUGGAUUAUUACUCGACACACGCUUCGAAGCCUCGACACGGAAGGACACAUCACUAACUGCUCAGUCUGCCCACCAUACAUUCCGCACCAUGGCUGCCACGGACGUUGACGUGUUUUCGAAUGAAGAGAAGCGUAACCUAAAUUUGGGCGGACAUGUUGGAUUUGACAGCCUCCCUGACCAACUGGUCAGUAAAUCGGUCACACAGGGAUUUUGUUUCAACAUUCUCUGUGUAGGGGAGACUGGUAUCGGCAAGUCCACGUUAAUGAACACGCUCUUCAACACCAUGUUUGAGAACGAAGAGGCGAGCCAUUAUCAGAAUGGCGUUUAUCUGCGGCCGCGAACAUACGACCUGCAAGAAAGCAACGUCCAGCUCAAACUGACGAUUGUUGACUCCGUUGGCUUCGGGGAUCAGAUCAACAAAGAGGACAGUUACAAGCCCAUCGUUGACUACAUCGACACCGAGUUUGAAAACUAUCUCCAGGAAGAGCUGAAGAUCAAGCGCUCGCUGUUUAACUACCACGACACCAGGAUCCACAUCUGCCUUUAUUUCAUCGCCCCGACAGGACACUCCCUCAAGUCUCUGGACCUCGUCACUAUGAAAAAACUGGACAGCAAGGUCAACAUAAUUCCCAUUAUCGCCAAAGCAGACACAAUCUCAAAGAGUGAGCUCCAUAAAUUCAAAAUAAAGAUCAUGAGUGAGCUGGUGAGCAAUGGUGUCCAGAUAUAUCAGUUCCCAACAGACGACGAAGCCGUCAGUGAGAUCAACGCCUCCAUGAACGCCCAUCUGCCCUUUGCUGUGGUCGGGAGCGUGGAAGAGGUCAAAGUGGGUAACAAAACCGUGAGGGCCAGGCAGUACCCCUGGGGUAUCGUGCAAGUGGAGAACGAAAGCCACUGCGACUUUGUCAAACUCCGAGAGAUGCUGAUCAGGGUCAACAUGGAGGACCUGAGGGAGCAGACCCACACUCGCCACUACGAGCUUUACCGGCGCUGUAAGCUGGAGGAGAUGGGCUUCAUGGACACGGACCCCGACAGCCAGCCGUUCAGUCUUCAAGAGACAUAUGAGGCCAAGAGGAAAGAGUUCUUGGGGGAUCUGCAGCACAAAGAGGAAGAAAUGCGACAAAUGUUUGUCAACAAAGUGAAAGAGACGGAAGCGGAGCUAAAAGAAAAGGAGCGAGAGCUGCAUGACAAGUUCGAGCAGCUGAAGCGGAUGCACCAGGAGGAGAAGAGGAAGGUCGAGGAGAAGCGGAGAGACCUGGAGGAGGAGAUGAACGCCUUCAACAGGAAGAAGGUGGCAGUCGAGACGCUCUCCUUAUCUCAGCCCCUCAAGAAGGACAAGGACAGGAAAAAUUAAUUUAUGGGCGCUGUAUUCCCUCCCACACACGACCAUGGAUUUGUCCUCCAUCACCAUUGCAACGACACCUGUUUUGUUUGUUUUUUCGUUAUGACAUUCCAUCUUGACUUUGUGCACAUGGACCAAAGACACUGAGGAGGAGGAAGAGGAGGAGGAGGAGGAUGAUGAUGAUGCCACAAGGGAGAAAAAGAGUGAAAGAUGGUGAGCGAUUAUUAGGAAAAUAAAGUUAACUUGCCAACAGUGGCCAUCUCAUUUAUUCAGGAUAUUUCAUUCAUUAUAUAUAUAUAUAUAUAUAUAUAUAUAUAUAUAUAUAUAUAUAU